UAAAUCAACCCAAAAAAAACUAUAAACUUACUCCCUUGUAUCAAGCUUUCAUCAAUGGCGGCACGGUACGGUUUUGGUGGAAAAGCAAGUGUUAAUGAAGAUGACAUGAAGGGCCGAUAUGUUUUUGGUGGCGGCUAUAAAGGUAAAGGACGUAAUAACCUCAGGGACACCCUGGAUAAGUUCGGAAAAGUUAAGGAUUUCUUGAACCACGAUGACACAGAGAUGGUAGUGCCAACGAAUCUGAGCCGUCCAGGUCCCAACAUGGCCACUCGCCCUAGUUGGCCAAAACUUACCAACUUUGGGCAGAUGAUGAUGGUGACGAAGAAAGAAGAUGAUGAUGAUGAUGAGAAGGGAAAUCAAGAAAGUUUUACACCUGCAGAUAAAGCAGCAGAGGAUUCCUCAAAGAAACGACCAAACAAUAAAUUUUGUCUGCAGGAUCAAGGCGAUGUUGACUCCAUCAUCGUACCAAACAUUAAUCUCGGAUCAAACCCAUAUCCAAACAACAAUGUGAUCAAGCCAACAAAUUACAGAGGCACAGCCAUGGAUCCUCCCAAGGAUGACAAACUAUCCUAUGGGGUCAACAACACUUCCUCCAACAAGGCUCCACCUUGUAGUGUGAACUUUGGGCCAAAACAACAUUCAGAUUAUGUGUCUGACAGCAGAGGUCAGAGUCCACCUUGUACUGUGGACGUUGGGUCAAAACAAUAUUCAGAUGAUGUGCCUGACGGCAGAGGUCAGGAUCCACCUUAUACUGUAAAUUUUGAUCCAAAACAACAUUCAGAUUAUGUGUCUGACUGCAUAGGUCAGAUCAAGAAACAAAACAUGGAAAUGGCAGGGUGGGUUACCAACAAGCCAAAUAUCAGCAACGGGUGGCAAGAUUAUUAUUCCUAUGAGGAUGCCCCACUGAAGCCUCAAGGAAGGUACAUUUACAAUAAUAGGGCGCAGCGGUGGAAAGAAAUUACCCCUAAUCCUCCACCACAACUGCGACUGCGAUACGGCGGCGCGUAUCCGAAUUUGCGACCUGCGUACCGUAGACCGGUAAUUGAUAGCAACUGGGCAGAGAAGAAGUACAACGGCGUGUUGCUGACUGAUAAUUAAGAAAAAUGUCUUUUAACGGGUUG